AUGGUCGCCUCUGAGCUGUCGCAGGCGGCGCGCACUGAGCAGACCGGACCAUCGCAGCUGUCGGUGGCUCUCAACAACGACGCGCCGCAAUUCCCACCGCUAGUCAAUCGUGUCGGGCAGAGCAAAAGUCCCUACGUCCGCAGCCAUGCCGAAGGCCGCGUUGCCUGGCAGCUUCUCGACGACGAGACGGUCGAGCGGGCGAAGCAGGAGAACAAACUGAUAUACCUCCACAUUGGCUUCAAGGCUUGUCAUUACUCGCGACUUACAUCUACCGAGUGCUUUACCCAUCCCGAAUGCGCGAAGAUCCUUAACGAAUCCUUCAUUCCCGUCAUCAUCGAUCGCGAGGAGCGUCCCGAGCUCGACACCAUAUACAUGAACUACGUGCAAGCAGUCAGCGGAAACGGCGGCUGGCCUCUGAACCUCUUCCUGACUCCCGAGCUCGAGCCCGUCUUUGGCGGCACAUACUACCCCGCCCCGGAGCCGAACAACGGCAGCUUCGGCGACGAUGAGCGUCUCGACUUCCUGGCCAUCUUGCGCAAGUUGCAAAAAGUGUGGAAGGAGCAGGAGGCAAGAUGUAGGCAGGAAGCGAAGGAGGUCGUGGUGAAGCUGCACGACUUCGCGGCCGAGGGAACUCUCGGUAUGAGCGGGACGGUCGCGCCCGGUGUUGCUGGAUCACAGGGUUUCACGCUCGGGAGAUCCGAGACCGGCCUGGAACAUCCCAGCAUAGGCAGAACGGCGGCGGCGAUGUCGAGCGAGCUCGAUCUCGACCAGCUAGAGGAGGCCUAUUCGCACAUCGCCGGCACCUUCGACACCGUCUACGGAGGGUUCGGGAUGGCGCCGAAGUUCCCGACCCCGCCGAAGCUAUCUUUCCUCCUCCGCCUACCUCGAUACCUUGGGCCUGUUCAGGACGUUGUUGGCGAGACCGAAUGCGCGCACUCCGCUGAGAUGGCGCUCUUCACACUGAGGAAGAUCCGUGAUAGUGGAUUGCGCGAUCACGUUGGUGGACAUGGUUUCGCGAGGUACUCCGUCACGGCAGACUGGAGUGUGCCGCGCUUCGAGAAGCUAGUGGUUCACAACGCCCUGCUUCUUGGUCUGUAUCUGGAUGCGUGGUUGAUCGCCAGCAACGGUGACAAGGAUGAGGAGUUCUACGACGUCGUGGUGGAGUUGGUGGACUACCUCACCAGCCCGCCCAUCAGCUUGCCGGGUGGUGGUUUUGUCUCGAGCGAAGCCGCGGACUCGUACCGCCGCGGAGACAGGCACCUCCGAGAAGGGGCGUACAGCUUGUGGACGCGCAGGGAGUUUGAUGCUGUCAUCGGGGAUGACCACGAAGCUGCCUUGGCUGCAUCGUACUGGAACGUCCUGGAGCACGGCAACAUUGAACCCGAUCAAGAUCCAAACGACGAGUUCGUCAACGAGAACAUUUUGCGGGUUGUGAAGGACAAGGCCGAGAUCGGAAGACAGGCCGGUAUCACCAUUGACGAGGUCAAGAGGGUCUUGGACUCCGCAAAGCAGAAGCUCAAGGCGCACAGAGAGAAGGAACGUACGAGGCCAGAAGCCGACACCAAGAUUGUCGCGGGACGCAACGGCCUUGUGAUCGGUGCUUUGGCAAGAACCGGAUCGGCGCUCUCAUUUGUCGAUGUUGAUAGAAGCAGAGCAUGCUUCGAGGCAGCUGGCAAGGCCGCCGCUUUCAUCAAGGCGAACUUGUGGGAUGAUCAGGAAAAGAUCUUAUACAGGAUAUACAACGAGGGUCGAGGCGACACCAAGGGCUUGGCUGACGACUAUGCCCACCUGAUCGAGGGUCUUCUCGACCUCUAUGAAGCAACAGGAGAGGAGGAGUGGAUCGAAUUUGCCGAUGAGCUCCAGAAGGUCCAAAUCGAUAUUUUCUACGAUAGCACUUCAAUCGAAAUCUCGGCUCCCGAGCCCCCGGCUUCGCGCUCUUCCUGCGGCGCCUUCUACACCACCCCCGAGAACGCCCCGCACACUAUUCUCCGCCUCAAAGACGGCAUGGACACGGCCCUGCCUUCUACGAACGCCGUUUCCGUCUCCAACCUCUUCCGUCUUGGUAUCAUGCUCGGCGACGAAGCUUACACCGCUCUCGGCCGCGAGUCCAUUAACGCUUUCGAGGCGGAGGUUCUGCAGUACCCCUGGCUCUUCCCGGGUCUCCUGUCCGGCGUCGUAACGGCUCGACUCGGCGGAGCGACCUGGGUCAUCAUCCGCAAGGACGGUGAAGAGGACGACGUCAUGACUCAGAGGCUGCUGCAGAAGAUUCACCUCGAAGCCAGAGGCGGGCUACGGAACAUUCUUUACCUCAAGAGCGAGAACGAUCUGCUGGCCAACAGAAGCCCCAUGCUCAAGGAGCUCCUUCUUUCGGCACAGCCAGGGGCGUAUCGUCUCGAGGAUGGUGGCUACCGUCCAAUCAACCGAGGUGAUGUCGCGUGA